GGCUUACUGAGUUAAUGAGAAUGUAUGAGGGUGAGAGAGCGUUGAGAAGAGCAAAGCGCGAACGAGAGAUUUGUACAUUUGUAGCCGUUCCCUUCGAUUGUCGCCUAAGGACGUCGACUGAUAAACGUUUUCAUCUGAAACGAGAAGACAGCAGAGUAUGUCUACCAACACAGAGGGAGAAAAGUAGUCCAUAUUGCGCGCUAUUCGUACAAGGGUGUCAGUCAAUGUGUAGUGGGCCACUCCAAGGCAGACACACUCCUCCAAUGUGUCCUUGUCCAGUCCUUGUGUGAUCUGAUCUGGGACCAGUGGGAUAAAUGAGUGGCCUGGCUGAGGAUCGCAGCGUUGGCACACACCACAAAGCCUACACAGUAGGAUGUCGUGGGUCCGAGGCUUCUUCGUAGCCAAAGUGGACGAACGAAAGACCGCGUGGGGGGAGCGCAAUGGCAGAAAGUCCAACAAGCGGAAGAACGGUUGCUCAGGGUCAUCUCUCUGCAAGCCCCGCUGCAUGAGCUGCCUGCGGGACGCUGAGGACCUGGAUCCCACCCCUCCCACCCCCCAGCACUACCACCGUGGAGGAGGGGGGUCCGGCCCCAGCGGAGGGGGUAACUUUGGGAUGCGCUGUGGCUGGCAGGAGGACCACUAUGGGAAACGGACCGGGGCGGCGGGAGACCUGGGGUUGAAGGCCGUGGAUCUGGGGUUUGAUGACGGAGACCUGACAGGGAGGAAAUGUCCAGGGGAGGAGGAUUUGGGGGAAGGAACGGGGGAGGACGGAGGAACAUGCAAUGCCUUCACAGCCGCGGAGUGCUGGAUGCGCGUCGUACGAGUGUUCCAGUCGAAGAAGUUCACGUCGGCGAAACUGGAACGUCUGUACCAGCGCUACUUCUUCAGGCUCAACCAGAGCUCUCUGACUAUGCUGAUGGGUGUCCUUGUCAUAGUCUGCGGCGUCAUGCUAGCCUUCCACUGUGUCCACGCUCCACCUGACGUAGCCUACGCCUCGGUGCUCUCCGUGGCCAUGGCCCUCUUCCUGUCCAUGAUGGUGGUGUGUAACAGGAACGGCUUCCACCAGGACUACAUGUGGAUCGUCAGCUACUUGGUGAUCGGGGUGCUGCUGGUGGUCCAGGUGUUUGGGGUGUUGAUGGUUGCCCCCCGAAGCGCUUCUGAGGGGAUCUGGUGGUCUGUGUUCUUUAUAUACAUAAUCUAUACGCUGUUGCCAGUGAGGAUGAGAGCUGCAGUGCUGAGUGGAGGGGUACUGUCUACCAUACACCUCAUCACCGCAUGGCAACUCAACCAGGAUGAUGUUUUCCUAUGGAAACAGCUGAGUGCCAACGUGUUGAUCUUCCUAUGCACCAACAUGAUAGGUAUCUGUACCCACUACCCCGCUGAGGUAUCGCAGAGACAGGCCUUUCAGGAGACCAGGGGGUACAUCCAGGCCCGGCUCUACCUACAGAGAGAGAAUCAGCAACAGGAGCGCCUGUUGCUGUCGGUGCUGCCGAGGCACGUUGCCAUGGAGAUGAAGGCAGAUAUCAACGCCAAGAAGGAAGAUAUGAUGUUCCACAAGAUCUACAUCCAGAAACAUGACAACGUCAGUAUACUGUUUGCAGACAUCGAAGGAUUCACCAGCCUGGCAUCACAAUGCACCGCACAAGAGUUGGUCAUGACACUGAAUGAACUUUUCGCUCGCUUCGACAAACUAGCUUCGGAGAACCACUGUCUGAGGAUCAAGAUCCUUGGAGACUGCUACUACUGUGUGUCUGGACUGCCUGAACCCAGGGCCGACCAUGCACACUGCUGUGUGGAGAUGGGGGUGGACAUGAUAGAGGCCAUCUCGCUGGUGAGAGAGGUCACAGGGGUCAAUGUGAACAUGCGUGUGGGUAUCCAUAGCGGCCGGGUCCACUGUGGAGUGCUGGGACUCAGGAAGUGGCAGUUUGACGUAUGGUCCAACGAUGUCACUCUAGCCAAUCACAUGGAGGCAGGGGGUGCGGCAGGGCGUAUCCACAUCACGAAGGCCACCCUACAGUACCUGAAUGGGGACUAUGAGGUGGAGCCGGGGUUCGGAGGGGACAGGAAUGCCUAUCUGAAGGAGAACAACAUCGAGACGUUCCUGGUGCUGGGGUGCAGCCAGAAAAGGAAAGAGGAGAAGGCAGCGAUGGCCAAGAGUGCCAUGAUGCAGCGGGUACGUGCCAACUCCACUGAGGGCCUGAUGCCACGCUGGGUACCCGACACAAGGUUCUCCAGGACCAAGGACUCCAAGGUCUUCAGGCAGAUGGGUAUCGAUGAAACAUCCAGACAAGACAACCGCUGUGCCCAAGAGGCCCUGAACCCUGAGGAUGAGGUGGAUGAGUUUCUGGGCCGAGCCAUUGACGCCCGCAGCAUAGACCAACUCCGAAAAGACCACGUCAAGAAGUUCCUCCUCACCUUCCAGACUAAAGACCUGGAGAAGAAGUACUCUAAGAAGGUGGAUGAUCGUUUUGGAGGCUACGUGGCCUGUGGUCUGUUAGUCUUCUGCUUCAUUUGUUUCAUCCAGAUCAUCAUUUUCCCCCACACUCCCCUCAUGCUGGGUCUUUACAUCAGCAUCUUCAUCAUCCUCGUCAACAUCCUCUUCAUCUGUGCCAUCUACUCCUGCAUCAAGCUCUUCCCGGCUGCAUUGCAGACGCUGACUAAGAAGAUCGUCCAGUCUCGUACCAAUAGUACCCUGGUGGGGGUCCUCACCAUCAUACUCCUCUUCAUGUCUGCCUUCGUGAACAUGUUCACCUGUGACAGAGAGGGCCUGGUGGACUGUGUGGUGCGUGAGCGUAACCUGUCCUCCAGUUUGGUGACUCUGUGUCUACUACACAACCUCACACAGUCGGCACAGGACGGACUGACCCUGUGCCCCAGCCAGCCCAUGCCAUGCCACUUCCCUGAGUAUUUCUGCUACAGUGUUCUCCUGACCCUGCUGGCCUGCAGUGUGUUCCUCCACAUCAGCAGUAUAGGCAAGCUGGCCCUUAUGGUGCUGAUCCAGGUCACCUUCCUGCUGCUGGUGGAGUGGCCCCAGGUGGCCCUGUUCGACAACGCAGACCUGCUACUCACCGCCAACACCCUCUCUUUCACACCUUUGAAUGACUCUCUAGAUUGGUUUCCUAGUUUCAAUGAAACAGUUACAGAGAUGUGCCAGGAGAGUGUGACCAAGGUGUCUCUAAAGGUUAUGACCCCUGUCAUCCUGACGGUGUUCGUCCUGGCUCUGUACCUACACGCCCAGCAGGUUGAGUCCACUGCACGCCUCGACUUCCUGUGGAAGCUGCAGGCUACAGAGGAGAAAGAGGAGAUGGAGGAGCUUCAGGCCUACAACCGCCGCCUCCUCCACAACAUCCUGCCUAAAGACGUGGCCGCACACUUCCUGGCGCGGGAGCGGCGUAACGACGAGCUCUACUACCAGUCCUGUGAGUGUGUGGCCGUCAUGUUCGCCUCCAUCUCCAACUUCUCUGAGUUCUACGUGGAGCUGGAGGCCAACAACGAGGGAGUGGAGUGUCUUAGGCUACUUAACGAGAUCAUCGCUGACUUUGAUGAGAUCAUCAGUGAGGACAACUUCCGUCAACUGGAAAAGAUAAAGACCAUCGGUAGUACCUACAUGGCUGCUUCUGGCCUCAACGACUCUACCUACGACCGUGAGGGACGAUCACACAUCCUGGCUCUGGCAGACUAUGCUAUGAGACUCAGGGAACAGAUGAAGUACAUCAACGAACACUCCUUCAAUAACUUCCAGAUGAAGAUAGGUCUCAACAUGGGUCCGGUGGUGGCAGGGGUGAUUGGGGCCAAGAAGCCCCAGUAUGACAUCUGGGGGAACACUGUCAACGUGGCCAGUCGUAUGGACAGCACAGGAGUUCCAGACUGCAUACAGGUGACCACAGACCUGUACCAUGUCCUGGUAAACAAAGGCUACCAGCUGGACCACAGAGGCCUGGUCAAGGUGAAGGGGAAAGGCGAGAUGACCACCUACUUCCUGACCAGCGGUCCCAAUGGUACCAAGGGGAGUUAACGGAUGGCCACGGGACUACCGCUGGCUGCUAAUACAUGAAGAGGAGAGAGAUGGAGAGGGAGAGAGAGCGGGAGAGGGGGGAGUGAGUGUGUAAGAAAAGAGAGAGAGAGAUGAGAAAAAAGGGAACAGUUCAAAGCCCUGAAGGAAAUGUGUGUGUGUUUGUGUGUGUGUGUGUGUGUGUGUGUGUGUGUGUGUGUGUGUGUGUGUGCAAUCAUGUAUUCUUAUACACACUACUUUAGGUUUGGGUCUCAAAUGGCUCCCUGUAUAGGCCUUAGGGCCCUGGUUAAAAUUAGUGCACUGUAUAGGGAAUACGGUGCCAAAUGUGACGCAAACCAGGUAUUUUGUUCUCACUUCAAGGCUUUUGACACGAAGCUACUUGAAAGAUAUAAUGAGCGAAUUAUAGUGAAGACCUAUUGCCUUAGAAGGAAAUUACUGAUCAAAAGGCUAUAUUUGUUUUGUUGUGAGCUACACAACAAAUACUUCACAUCCGGAGCUAUUAUUUAUUUUUCACUGAAAUGGAUGGAUUUUUUUGUUGUCAUGAUGACCUUGUAACAAAAGCUACAUAUGUAUUAUAUGAAAUAUUCAAGGAUGAGAAGGAUGACAAUGACCAAAGAACAAAUGUUUUAUUAUGAGGGACUGAUUCUACACACAUCAACCUAUUUCUGUUUGAAAUGACUGCAGAAGGAACAACUGAAAUGACUGCGGAUUGAACAACCUUAGUCACUUUUGACAACAAGGGCCACGGAAAACAACAUCAUUGUCUUUGAUAGCGGCGAAUACAUUAUUGUUUUUGACUUUGAUAUGCUUGCUAAUACGUAAAGAGAGCUGAGAAAUCUUGUAUUUGAUUGUGCACUGUGAACGAAGACAGACCACACACACGCAGAGCAGCCUUGGACUGGAUUUCUGUGUUCCUUUCAGGGCCUUUAUUGUGUGCAGGCUAAUUCUAAUCCACAUAAGGGUGUGGUUUCUCUUUCCUAUGUAUCAUCAAUGACAUUCCCUCUCUAGAUGUAUUUUUUUUUGGUACAAGCCAAAACAGAAACUUUAGUGACGGACAAACAAACAACUGCAUCGCUACCAUGGUACCGGAGUGAGUGUUUUCAUUGCUGUGAGAUGUUUUAUAUGAAAUAAGUGUGUGCGUGUGAGGCUAAGUGUAUGCUGUUCUUUAUCUUUAAAGGGGCAUAAUUUUUCACUGUGAGGUUUUUAAAGAUUCUGUAUGACAAGUGGGUUUUGCUUCCCAAAUGGCACCCUAGUCCCUAUGUAGUGCACUACUUUUGUAGGGCCCUGGUCAAUAGUAGUGCACUACAUAGGGAAUAGGGUGCCAUUUUAGUCGCACACGUGCCAAAUUGAUGCUGCAAGGCUUACGCGUGUAGUUUUUAUAUAUUAUACUUUGGAGUUGUGUGUUCAUUCCUGAUUUUAUGUUUGUUGAUUUUAUUUAAAUCACCUUUACUUCAUGCCUUUUAUUUUACUGUGAAUAUGAUCACAAUUCCAUUCCAACCAUUAAUGUCUAAAAACCCACAAAUUGAUUUUGGAUUGUGUUUAAAGGAGGUGGUUAUCCACACACGGUGGGCCUAUAGCCUACAGUACAACAUGCACAGGAGAAUACACAAAAGUUAUCUGGUUGAACACUAGCUGUUAACUUGAAAUAAGAGGUACAUAUAAUGGCAGUAUCUGUACUCCAUAGUAUUUGACACCAUCCAAUAGUAUUGGUAUUUGGCACAUAGAUGCUCUUUACCCCCCAAAGGAGUAGUUGAAACUCAUCUUAUGAAUGUACAAAAUAUACUGUAUGUCUAUGGUGAAACUACUACUUAUUAUUAUUUUUGUGGUACAAACAUCAUCUGGUUUGUAUUGAAAGAAAUGACCAGAAAACUAGUUUUAAUGGUGCCAAUACAGGCUCCCAGAUCAGGACAGGGAUGUGGAAAGAGCUACUUCUGUAUUAUGUGAAGUACUAUUGCUGUUGAAUAGAAAUGAAGGUUUAUGUCCCUUGAUCCCACUUAUCCCCCCAAUACUGAGGCUCACUGUACUGUACCAGGGAGUAGGUUACAGUAUGUAGGCCCUACCGUGGUGACUUGUGGUCUCUGGCUAUCUAUCUUCUUCCAUCGACCUAUGUCAUGUUCAUUAGGAACGGAAGAAAAUAAGUGAAACAGGGAGGUACUACAGUACCUGAACUUGUCAAAUAAGAAAUGGCUUGUUUAGGUUUUUUGUGGCAUAACGGAUUCCUACUGUGAACACGAGCCUAAUGAACACGAGCGAGCCUGCUGAUCCUGAGCAACCUGUGUGUAGGAAGGAAUGGAUCUCUGAUUGAAGUUGUUUUUGUUCCCCCUUUUUUUCAUUUUUUUCAUCCUUUUCCCAUUAGUUUCUUACUGUAUUUGAGUUGAAAGGUCAACAAAAUACUGUUUGUUUGUUUUUCCAUUCCAAAAAUAACAAUAUAGCAGAAUUGAAGAAAUUAAAUGGUUUGAUUUCCCCUUAAAACGAAAUCAAUACAUUACUGUUUUGUGUUAUUGAUGAUCAUUUAUUUAUUAUAAUGUUACUAUUCAGUGUCUUCCCCUAAUCAAUGUGCAAUCUAGGCCUGUGUUUUUUUUCUGCUGUUUCAUUGCAAUGCACAUUUUAUUAAAAUAAUACGUUGGAUA